CCAGUUACUAUCGAGUCAACUUCCUCACAGAGAUGGGAAAACAUAUCUUAGGAUGGAGACUUUUCUACUUGAUAUGUCUAGGAUUUACUAUGUCAGCAUUCCACAUCAUAGAGGCAAGAUCAGUGGCCACUACUAGUUCAGCUAUUGUCCACGUUUUGUCCAACAACAGUUGUUCCGAUACCAAUGUGAAACUUCUGCGUCAAAGCUGUAACUUCAACAGUGAUUUCUGUGGCUUCGGUCAACAACAGUGGAAGGCAUCAACUCUACGAUAUUACGCAGGCGUCACUUCUCUUCACAACGGAAGAUUUAUCUACCCACCUAGUAGUUCCUCCAUUUAUACCCCAUUCAUCAGCAGCGGGGCUGUGUGUUUCCAGUUCUGGUACGCAAUGACCAAUUCAAAAUCCAAUCUGGAGGUUCUGGUGGAUAUCAACGGUCAGGAGACGUUGUUAUGGAAAGAGACAGGUAAACCUGGAAGUGAUUGGAGGACGGCGACAUUGGCAAUUUCCAGUCAGAUACAAUUUAAGAUUGAAUUCAAAUUUGUAAAACCUUAUCAUUACACUAACCUGGGUUUGGACGACAUCAAAAUAUGGGAAUAUCCUUUGACUACAACAAAAAUGCCAACCACGACUCCAUCCACCACACCAACAACGAAAAAAACAACGACAUCAACAACUAGACAAACCACAAAACCAACAACUUCAACAACAUCAACAUCAACGACAACACCAACAACUACAACAACUACUACCCCAGCAACUACACCAACCACUACACAAACCACUACACCAACCACUACACCAACAACUACAACAACAUCAACAUCAACGACAACACCAACAACUACAACAACUACAACAACUACUCCACCAGCAACUAGACCAACCACGACACCAACCACGACACCAACGACUACACCAACAACUACAACAACUACUCCCCCAGCAACUACUCCAACCGCUACACAACCCACUACACCAACCACUACACCAACCACGACACCAACCACUACACCAACAACAACACCAAUGACUACACCAACCACGACACCAACAACUACCCCAACCACUACACCAACAACUACACCAACAACAACAACUCCAUCCACAACAUUAAUCACUACACCAACCGCGACACCAACCACUACACCAACCACAACACCAACAGCUACACCAAACACGACACCAAAGACUACACCAACAACUACAACUACUACACCAGCAAAUAGACCAACCACUUCACCAACAACUACACAAACCACUUUACUAACCACUACACCAACAACUACACCAACCACUACACCAACCACUACACCAACAACUAUACCAACAACUACACCAACAACUACAACACCAUACACAACACCAAUGACUACACCAACCACGACAACAACAAAUUCACCAACCACUACACCAACAACUACACCAACAACAACAACAACACCAUCCACAACACCAAUGACUACACCAACCACGACACCAACAACUACCCCAACCACUACACCAACAACUACACCAACAACAACAACUCCAUCCACAACAUCAAUCACUACACCAACCACACCAACCACAAAACCAACAACUACACCACCACCAACAACAACAAGAACUACACCAACCAUGACACCAACCACAACACCAACAACUACUCCAACCACUACACCUACAACUACACCAACCACUACACAAACCACUUCAUCAAUCACACUACCAUCCACGACACCCACCACUUCACUAACAACGAAACCGACAACGACUACGACCACUACGCCAACAGCUGCGACAUCCGCUUCGCCAACAACUAAACCAACUACUACAGGCACGAAACUUACGACUAUACAAAAGCUAACCACAUCAGAGAUAUCAACAACAGCACAAAUAACAACACUAACAAAAGUUUCAAUUAAGAUACCAACAACAACAGCAGCAUCUACAAAUGCAGAAAUAACAACAGAUGAAACAUCAUCAGUGAACCACAUCCAUAAAUUUGUUCAGCACACAACAGCUAAGGAAACAAAGAAACCUUCAACGAAGCCAACAACCGAACAAGUGUCAGAAAUAUCACCCAAAGUAACAAAUAAGACGACAUCUUCAACAUUAUCAGAGCAAUCGACAACGCCAGUAACAACGGACCAAUCGUUGGAAAUAUCAACAACAUCGGAAUUAAAUACAAUACAAUUUACAAAUAUGGCGUCAACCCAUAAUUCAUCAAUUUCUGUAUCUACGCCUAGAAUUAAAUCUUCUUUUCCGACUCAAACAUCGUCACAUCGAUCAACUUCUUCCGGUCACAGAGAACACCAUAGCAUUCAUGGUCCUGCGUCGACCAUGACUUCUUCUAUUAGCAAUAUUGGAAACAAAGACGCUCAAAAUAACGUGUCGUUCUCCAGCAGUCACAAAACGGGGAUUAUCGUUGGAUCCAUCAUUGGGUGUUGUGCUGUGGUUCUGGCCUUAAUUGUCAUUAGAAAGACUUGGGCAGCAAAAAGAAAAAGUUCUCAACUAGAUAAAUCGUAUAUCAGUGAUGAAUACAUUCCUGAACAUCUUAUAAUGAAAGGAAUGAUAAAAGUAACGACUAUUUAAGUAAUUUAAUGAGCAAACACAAGAGAUACUGUUGAUGCCUGUACAAAUUAAAGAACAUACAAACUGAUGCUUUUAAUAAACGGUAACGCGCAGGUUUUGAUGUGUAUUUUUCAAUAGUUUACAGCUAGGAUAAUUAACGGACGGUCCAGAGUGAAAAUCAGAUUUAGUUGUUUUUUGUAUGAGAAUUAACAAGGAUGUGUUAUAAAUACAAUUAAUAUUAAACAGAAUGUACAAUUGGAACAUAAAAAAAUAAUCUGAUUGUCUGUUGUUGUAACAUGCAAUGUAACCUUGGAUAUAUCAUGACUGGCAUAUCAAUAAUAUAUAAAAAAAGUGUUUGCAAUUCCUAUUUACGGGAACCUCUUCCUUGACAACCGUGUAGCUACAAAUGCAUGAUGAUGCGAUAUGGCUGUUAUGUCAGUAGUUCAUAAUAAGUAUUCGCCCUGCUGAAUUCCCGUAAAUUGUGUACCUCGGAGGUAAAAUAGAUUAUGUGUGAUGAAAUGACGUAGCUGUAAUAUCAAAUAGUGCAUCACUGGUGUUGAUCAUGCUGAAUUGGUAUUUCCUUGACAGCCAUGUAGCGAUAUACGUGAUGAUAAACCAUGUUUGUUAUUGAAAUAACGUGUAAUUAGUGUCAGCCAGUCUUAUUUACCCUGUACUAAUUCAUUGGAAGCUAGGUAGAACAAAAUCUUUAUGAUAUAGAGCGUAAUUAUGUUUCCAUUGUCAGGAAAUUUAAAGAUUUCAUUGUAAGGUAAUUUAACGUUUCCAUUGAACGACGGUAAUUUAAUGUUUCCAUUGAAAGGUGAACGUCUCCAUACUAAGGUUGUUUAACGUUUUCAUUGUACGUUUGACGUUUCCAAUGUAAGCUUAUUUAACGUUUCCGUAGAAAGUUAAUUUAAUGUUUCCAUUGUAAGUUUGACGUUUCUAUUGUACGGUAAUUAACUGUUUCCCUUUUAAUGUAAUUUAACAUUUUCUUAUAGAUUAAUUAAACAUUUCCAUUGUAGGUCAUUUAUGUACACGAACUUGUUGUCAAUGGUAUAAAUCUAACCACAUUUGUUCAAUCUGUUGUUAAGAUUUGCAUUGUUGCGAUAUGACUGCUAAUGUGUGUACUGUUAAUUUUUCGUAUAUACAUGUGACAUAAGCAUAUAAAUGUUAACAAUAACUACAAUGUAUAUACUUGUAUCAUUACAAGUUACAGCUGUAAUUAAGCGUUAAGUAUAUUAAGAAAAGCGAUGUAAAACAAGGUAUAUUCUGACUUAAGUACUUUUAUAGCCUUAUAAAAAAAUAUAUGAAAAUAUUUAUUGUUCGUGUAACCUGGAUUCUACAACAACAAACAAUGUAACCCUGGUCCAUUAAUAUAAACACCACGGUGCUGUCUGAAGGUCUUUGUUUUUCAGUGUAAAAUACACGUACCUUCAAUGAUAGAAUCCCUUAUAUUAUAAUUCAAAAUAGUUCGAAAUUCAUUAGAGUCAUAUUACACUCUUUUCUAAUAUUAUGUUUAGAUAUACAUGUAUCUGUAAGAAAAUCUCUAGCGGCUUUGCCCCGAUUGUAACACAAUCAGGGGAUAUAUUUACGCGCUUUCUUUUUUAUUUGAGGUCUGGUAAUGUAAAUGAACUACGCGUCUUCUCUUUUGAUAUGUUUAAAGUAAACAUGUUUAUAAAACCUUUAUUUGAUUUCACUAACCAUUUUUAAUAUUGUUAUAAAUGUAUGUGAUGAUCAUACGGCACUGACAACAUUAUACUGGAUGUUGUCGUUAUAAAUACAUAACGCUGUGUUAGAAAUAUGACAAUAGUCUCCCUGAUUCGUAUUGCGAGUUUUUCAAGCAGGAAGUGUGCAUUUUUUACGGAAAUUCUGAUACCAGUUGUACUGCCUGCACACAUGCAAAUAAAGACCAAUGGUAAAAAAACAUAUAUAUUAAAAAAUAAACACUUAUAAAGCAUAAGGGUUUUUGGUAUAUUAUAUUACUCCUUCACAAUCUACAUUUGUCAUCAGUCAUGUUCAUGUAAUCAAACUGUAUUUAAACAUUCAAAGAUAGUUCAGUGUCGGAAUAGAACUUACAAUGUAAAAAGCAUCAAUGACAUCAGACUAGAUUGAUUUGGUAUAUACCGAGUACAUAUUUAACCUAUUGGAAUAUUAUGCAUAUUUAAUUUAACACGGAAAAAGGAUUUCUUAAAAAUUUGGUGAUUGUAUUUUGUAUUUAUACAGGUAAAUAAUCUAUAUAUAUAUAUGUCAUUUUAAGAUAGCAUGUUAGAUAUCAAUGUGUGAGAUUGAAAUGCCUGAUAAUAUAAUGAUACUAUGUUUUACAUUUUGUAUGACGAAAUAGAUGAGAGAUAUACGAUAACAGGAUGCGUGUAUGCAAGUGAAGGUUGGAUCUAGCCACGAGGACAAAUUUAUAAAUGAAAUAAAAUUAAAAUUUAAGAUGCUUCAACAAAUUAAAAACUGUAUAUAUCCAAACUAUAUCAUUGCUCCUAAAUGUUAUCUUCCUGCUUUUUACCAGUAUAAUUAUUCUUAGGUUAUGUAUAAGAAUAGCAAUGCGAAUAUAUGUAAUAGAGGAAGCAAUGCGAAUGUAUGUACAUGUAAUAGAGUAACAAUGUAAAUGUAGGCAAUAGGGUCCUGCGGCAUAGGAGAGGCGAUGUUAUGAGGGUGCCUAAUACUGAACUAGAAGUUGAGAGAGGUAUACAUGUAGCUACAUGUAGUUGGAGAGAGAGAACAUAAUUUUAACCAGAGUCCAUCUGUGAUCAAAUGUAACCAGAUUUCCAAAUAAUAAAGUGAAUUUAAAA